AUGGAAGAACUACAACUUUCUGUAUUUUUCAACACCUGCCCACUUUGCGACAAGUCAUUUACACGAGAAGCUUCCUUUAACCGCCACGUCAAAUACUGCCAAAAAGCACGAAACCUGCGCAAGGGCCGGCCCAGAGCUUGUGUUGCGUGCAACUCGUCCAAGGCCAAAUGCAACUUUGCUACGCCGCAAUGUGCGCGCUGUGAGCGGAAAAGCCUUGAAUGUAUCUACGUCUCUCAGCAUCAACCAAAUGGUUAUUUCCAGACUGUAUCACUACACGAUUCUAACGCCCGUGUCACUGAGGCGGUACCCAUCUUGAAUGAAGCUGCUGCUGUAACUAGUCAGCAGGAUUGGCAAGGGCUGGAAUUGUCGCAGCAUGUCUGUGAUUCUAGCCCCCAAAACUUUCAAACCCAGAUCGACCAUGGUUUUCUCAAUCCAAACAACGUUGGGUUAGAUUCCUUUGAGGAUUUCAUUGGUGGCGUGGUGGAAUGGGCCGAUAGUCAGGAACCAACAACGACUCAACGCAAGCCAGCCCAAAUAAAUAGCCUAAUCUCAUCAACGGACUACAUUAUUGCAAAAGCGAGGGCCACAAAGGCUCUGACACCGCUGAACCAAGAGAACCCCUCAUCACGGCAGGCGGCUAAUAUCAUCUCGCGCAUGGUGAGUGCCUUUCCGCAUAUGAUGCUGCGACGGCAUACGUUCCCCCCGUUUAUUCACCCGUACUGGCACCAAGACGGGGUUCCGCAAAAUCUAGCCAGCUGUAUGAGCAUUGCCCAGCUGUUUGUAUCCAGGACGGCAGAUACGCGGUCCUUUCUCUGGAGGACUAUCGAGGCCGAGCAGAAGCACUUGCUCGAUCGUAAACAUGCUUUCACACGAGCAGAGCUCCAACAGGCCAUUCAAGCGGUAACCAUUUACAUUGUCAUGGCCAUAAUUGACCAGGACGAAGAUACUCCUUCACGUGGAGCGCACUUGAUGAAAACCUUUAUUGAGCUGAAGCUGCAACUGCAGCUCCUUAUCGGUGGCGAUUUUGUCAUUUCGGAAACUGAAGCUGCGAACCCAAGUUUAACCUGGGAUGACUGGAUCUUUGCCGAAUCCCGUCGCAGGAUUGGGUGCCUUUGGUUCGCCAUCACGCGCGUGUUCGCGCUCAAAACAGAUCGAGCGCAGUGCUCCAGCAUGGAUGACUUUUAUAACCUGCCUUUGCCAUCGAGCAAGCCGAUAUGGGAAGCGCGCACGGGGGAAGACUGGGAGCAUGAGAAGUGUCUGGACCAAGUGAGCUGUCCGUUGGCCACAUUUGGAGAGUUGCUCGUUGCGCAGGGGGGCGCUGGAGAUCCCAUGUACGCUGCCAAGUUGGUCAAUUGGGAGGCGGGAGCAGACAAGCUUGGCACGAUGAUGAAUAUUGCAGUGGAACUUACCCAGUAG